CUCCGCAGUCUGCAGUGGAUAUGGCGUCAUUUAAGAGUGUAGGAGUCCAGAAACUUCAUCCAUGUAAAUAACGUCAAUAAGAAAACUGUGUGACCAGCUCUAGGUACAAACACAGUACAUAGCAAUAUCUUCCAGCAAUCUCAUUUAUUAAAUAUGCCCCGCAAAAAGCCAUUUAGCAACAAACAGAAGAAGAAACAGCUACAAGUCAAACGGGAGAGAAAGAGAGGUGAGACAGGUUCUGGACCAAGCAGCCGCAAUGCCAGUGUGGAGCGUGGAGGAGACCGUCAGUCAGAUACUUCAGACAGCGAGACCACUGACAUGAGAAGAAUAAAUCAGCAGCCCUUCAGUAGAGAAGGUAGAUAUGACCCCAACAGGUUCCGUCUUCACUUUGAGAAAGAGAGUAAAGAGGAGGUAGAGAAGAGGAAGAAGUCAGCGAGGGAGAAGGUGCUACAACCAGUUACAGACAAGGAACUGGAGGUCGACAUCAAUGACAUUUACCCCUUAGACAAAGGUCUUGGUUUCCCACGACGUCCAUCAUGGAAUUAUGACAUGACACGAGAGAGCCUGCUAAGGAAAGAGGAGAAGUCCUACAGAGAGUACCUGGAUGAUUUGCACUCCAGAAACCCACCUGGAUCUCUCAGCCACUUUGAGCACAAUCUGGAGACAUGGAGACAGCUAUGGAGAGUUUUGGAAAUGUCUGACAUCAUUCUACUCAUUGUUGACAUCAGGCAUCCGGUGCUGCAGUUCCCUCCAGCCCUUUACCACUACAUCACAGGGGACCUCCAUAAGCAGGUGGUCUUGGUGUUGAACAAAGCCGAUCUUUGUCCUCCCCCACUGGUGAUUGCCUGGAAACACUACAUGACCUCCCAGUUCCCCCAUCUGCAAAUUGUUUGCUUCACCUCCCACCCAGGACAGCCAAAUAGCACAGUACUCCAGAAGAAGAGGAUGAGGAGGAAGGCUGAUUGGAGUCACGCUGGAGGUCCUAUAGAUAUCUUCAAGGCUUGUCAGGACAUCACAUCAGGGACAGUUGAUCUUUCCAGCUGGGAGCAGAAGAUUCAGAGAGAUGCUGUUGCAGAGCGUCUGGAUGGAGAGCGACCAGAUGAAGGAGCAGAAUCGGUGCUAAUGGAGCAUCAAAGCGACAGUGCUAUGGAGAUGAGCAGCCUGUCACAGGAGCUCUACAAAGAUGGGGUUCUCACAUUAGGCUGCAUCGGUUUUCCCAAUGUUGGCAAGUCAUCAGUUAUAAACAGCCUAGUUGGGAGAAAGGUGGUGAGUGUGUCUAGGACCCCAGGCCACACCAAAUACUUCCAGACCUACUACCUCACCCCGACUGUCAAACUCUGUGACUGCCCCGGGCUGGUUUUCCCCUCCCGCGUCAAUAAACAGUUACAGAUCCUGGCAGGGAUUUACCCAGUGUCCCAGCUGCAAGAACCCUACAGCUCAGUUGGUUAUCUGUGCGAGAGGACGCAAUUCCUUAGUGCACUGAAGCUCAGACACCCCAGUUUGCAAGACAAUGAACCCCAGCAAGGAAGCCAGGGGUCUGAGGAGCUCAGCUGGACUGCCUGGGAUGUGUGCGAGGCUUGGGCAGAGAGGAGAGGCUAUAAGACAGCAAAAGCAGCUCGAAAUGAUGUUUACCGCGCAGCUAACAGUCUUCUUAGGCUGGCCAUUGAUGGCAGAUUGUGCCUCUGCCUCAGACCACCAAGCUACAGCUGCCUGAGAGAACACUGGGAGAAUCACCCAGACUUGCCGGAGAUCAUGGCUCUUCAAGGAAGGCUGACGGAGGAGGAAGGAACAGGAGAGAGAGACGAUGAGGAGGACGGCGAAUCCAGCACAGAGCCAGAGGAAGAGAAAGACCGGGAUGCAGACGAUGAUGAGGAUGGAGAUGGGGACGAUGAAGAUGAGGGGUUUGGACAUCCGAGACGGAAGGACGAUGAACCGUCUGGUGGUUUCACCGUCAACAUGUACAAUGUCCUUCGGGAAAAUGAGUGUGAGUGAUACCAGAGGGAAAGGCAAGCAGAAAGAAACAAGUUGUUCCUCUUUACUGACAUCUGCCCAUCUGCUCCAGUGCACCGUGCAUUCCUUGAUUUUCCUAAAGCUGCAUUCCUUCUCAUUUUUUGCCAUGUCUACACUCCUCAUUUCAUUGCUUUAUCUAGACAAUAACUUUUCAAACCUGUUUCCUUCUCCCUAUGACAUACAGAGCAAAUUCAUGCGUUUCAUGCUGUGCCUCUGCUCUGCUCGUUCAUCCAUGAAGCUUAUUCUUCAUCGUCACCUCUAGAAACAGGUUUGGUUUAGUUUUGGUUUGAUUUGAUCUGAUCUUUAUAUUUUGCAUGUAGUUCUCGGAGAUAAAUUAACCAAUAUCAGCCUGAAAUAAUUAUCCAGGCGAUCAAUCUUUUCAUUAAAAAGUGACCUCACAGCUGAGAUGCCAAAGUUCAGGAACGGAUGAUAAAACAAUCAGAAUCACUGUUGAUAUGAUGUCAUUCACUGGAGCAACCAUUUGGCUCUCAGAUCAGUUCAAGAUUUAAGAACACGACUUUAAAUCUUCUUUAUAGACCAUGGCGUGUCUCAGCUCUGGUUUGUGGGUUUGGGGUGGAAUAUGGGAUAAAACCAACAUGUUACACACAGUUUUUGCAGUUUCCAGUAUUGCGACUCUGUGUGAAGAUCAUUUAUCUAAAUUUGGAUUUGAUUUAGAUUAUACUGUGUCUGACAAUGGUACUGUGUUUGGAGGAUUUUUUGGGGGGUAAUAGGAGAGAAAUGGGUGUUCAAUUCUGUGUUGCUGGACGAGGCUGUUUCAGGAAUUAAACUUGUAGUGUUUUAACUACGACGACAGUUUUUGCUAGGUUCUGUUAGGGAUUUUACGUAUUCAGUUCAGGAUGUGGCUGCACUCAUUCAGUGUGUUUAUAUGCUAGUGACAGCACGGUGGGUCUAAUUUGACUACAUAAAAAUCAAUUGUGGGGACAAUUUGACUUUUUUUAAGGUGUGCGUGUUUGGUUUCUUGCAGAAAGUUAAAUUAAAACAUUGCUAGCAUUGUUUCAUACAGUAAACAUAAAACUAUGGCUAGCUGCUAGUUAGCAUCGCUAUCAAAGACCAGAAACAGCUAGCCUGACUGUCAAGUGUGAACAAAAUCAGGCUGACAACACCUUCAAAACUAACAUUUUAAAUCUACUCUGUUUAAUUUGUGCUGAAAUCAGAUAAAGCAGCAAGCUCUGGUUUACGUUUUUACGUUGAAUUCCUGGACUUUAAUACAACCAGCAGAGAGUCAGGGAAGUCACUCAUCUCUUUUGAGAAACCCAGAGAAAAAACACAUUUAAAAAAAAAAAAAUUUCUACAGCUUAAACAAGCAGGUCUGUACUGGUGUGUAUUACCUUUGGAUAAAGCCAGGCUAGCUGGUUCCAGCAGUUUCCGUUCUGCACUAAGCUAAACUAAACAUCUGAUUAAACAUGAUUUAUCGUAAAUGAAAACUAUGUUUUUCAUCACUCAGAACGAGAAACUGGCCACUACAGCUUUUAUCGCUUCUGGAUAAUAUUUCUUUCUCUGCUGUUUGACCAGUCUCUCCCUUUGUUUUUCGGUGAUGUGUGACGAGUGCUGUAUUAUUGUGUGCUGUUGUACCUCUUUCAUGUGUUCACCGAGGGAACGUUAACAGCACAGUGCUGUGUUACUGUGUAAUACAUCACACUGCGACCACAUGUGGGAUUUCCACCAUUAGUACAAUGAAAGCUGAUACUGAACACUACCAUGCUGUGGAAAAACACAACAGGGUUCUAGUUGUGUUGGUAUGUAUUUUUUCUGGCAAUAUUAAAACUGACAGCGUGUGGAGUUUGUAAUAUCAGUGUAAAGGCUCAAGGUGUGCGCAGGCUAUUUGCUCAUUCCUUUAUUUCAUUCCUGGUAUGCCUAAUGGUGACUGGACUGCUUUCUGCAAUAAAAGGAGAUAAUUCUGUGAA